AUGUCAUCCGGAAUAACACAUCAGACUGCGGCAAAUGACUGUACUUCUAGUGUGUACAGCCGGUCGCUUGGAUCUCUUAGACCAUCAAUGAAUGAGGAGACACAAGUCGCUCUUGUACAAGAAGGCCCGGAGAUCAACCCGCUGGACCACCAGAUUGCAAUGUCACGAGGGUCAACCAUAGCUCUGGAGACCUUGCCGUCGCGGUUGCAGCGAUCAAAACGGGAACACGAGCUGUCACCCAGCCAGCUACGAAACGACAAGCUUCGUCAGUGGGAGCAGCAGCAACACGAAAAUGAAUUCUACGCACUUUGUCGCAGCAAUUUCCUCGAGAUCUCGCAGGCGGUGGUGGGGCUGUCCCAGGAGAUCACUUUACAAUAUCACUUUGAGCCGGAGAUGGAUCCGGUUGGAGAUAUAAGACUCCUACGUGCGAUCGAAUCUCUUCGCGCCGCUCUAGAGAACUCACGAAAUAAGGAAGCCCAAGCGGAACACGCUUGGAGGCGUUACUGGAAUCUUUCACGCGUCUGGAGCUCUUCGGGUCCUUGGAUUUAA